AUGGCGCCCUCAAAGGAACUCGUCGCCGCUGGCUCUACUGCCGUAGCUGCCAUUGACCCUGAUCAGACCCUCAAAGCUUCCAAGGCUCUCUUGGCACACAUCAAGAAGGCAUCCAAGCAAAAGGCCGACGAGUCUGGCAAGCGCAACCUCCUCGACGACGACGAUGAGCCCACCGAGACCCCCAUCUGGCUCACCCUCACCACCAAGCGCCACAUCGCCGACAAGACCCGUCUCCAGCCCGGCAAGAUCGUCCUUCCUCACUCGCUCAACACCGACGAGACGGCCACCAUCUGCCUGAUCACCGCCGAUCCCCAGCGCGCCUACAAGGAUAUUGUCGCCUCGGAAGAGUUCCCCGCCGAGCUGUCCAAGCGCAUCGCCCGCGUCAUCGACUACGGCAAGCUCAAGGCAAAGUACAGCCAGUACGAGGCCCAGAGGAAACUCUACUCCGAGUGCGACAUCUUCCUCGCCGACGACCGAAUCGUCAACCGGUUACCCAAGGUCCUGGGCAAGACCUUCUACAAGACCACUCAGAAGCGACCCAUCCCCGUCAGCCUGCAGGCCAAGGCCCCCAAGGUCGACGGCAAGCGACAGAAGCGAGUCAAGACCGAGGGUGUCGUCAACGCCGGCACACCCGCCGAGAUCGCCAAGGAGAUUGAAAAGGCCAUUGGCGCAGCCCUCGUCAGCCUUUCGCCCACCACCAACACUGCCGUGCGAGUCGGAUACUCUGGCUGGACCCCCGAGCAGAUUGCCGAGAAUGUCGAGACCGUCGUUACCGCCAUGAUCGACAGGUGGGUUCCCCAGAAGUGGCGCAACCUGAGGAGCAUCUACAUCAAGGGCCCUGAGACCACCGCCCUGCCCAUCUGGAUGGCCGACGAGCUCUGGGUCGACGACAACGAUGUCAUUGCCGAGGAGGAUGAGACCAAGACGCUCAAGGCUGAGAAGGCCAACAUUGGCAAGAAGCGCAAGUCGCUCGAGAACACCACCGAGGAGGCCGAGUCUCCCGCUCCCAAGAAGAAGGCCAAGAAGGAGAAGAAGGUGCCCGAGGGCGACGACGACAAGCUCGACAAGCAAAUCUCGGACCGAAAGACCCGGUUGAGGAAGCAAAAGGCCAAAGCAAAGAAGGCCAUUGACAACUAA